ACAAGUCGUUGUUUGAAUAGUUGGCUUUAUUGUGUUUAUUAUGAUUUCAUUUCAUGCGACGUCUUUGAUAUAUCUCAACCGCCAACGAAAUCGAGACGACACAAGAACGCCGUUCGUUCGUUAACCGAUUCGUAUUUUUGUGGUGUCGAUCGAUUGAAACCAUUCCGAUUCGGCCAUGUCAUGGUCCAAGGCAUGUAGAGGGACUCGAUUUUCUUCAUAUUUAGAGAACAUUCAUCGAACAUCGAGGACUGUGCCUCUUGUUCCCUGCUCUCGUUAUGGAGCUUGUAAUGUCAAUCAGCAUAAUCUCCUAAGCAAGAGAGAGCUUUGGGGAAGCUCAUCUUCGUUUUCUCACUCUAAAUCCAUGUUACUUGGUGUUGCUCAUCGCCACUAUUCUACUCGCUCGAUAACAGAAUCCAAAUCGAAGAAAAUGCUCUACUAUCUCACUGCCGUUGUCUUUGGCAUGGUUGGCCUAACUUACGCUGCUGUGCCUUUGUAUAGAACAUUCUGCCAAGCUACUGGUUAUGGAGGUAAUGUUCAACGCAAAGAGACUGUCGAGGAGAAGAUUGCUAGACAUUCAGAAUCUGGCACCGUCACUGAAAGGGAGAUUGUGGUGCAGUUCAAUGCUGAUGUUGCAGAUGGGAUGCAGUGGAAGUUCACUCCAACUCAAAGAGAGGUUAGAGUAAAGCCUGGAGAAAGCGCACUCGCCUUUUACACUGCUGAAAACAAAAGUUCAGCCCCAAUAACCGGAGUCUCCACAUACAAUGUCACUCCCAUGAAGGCAGGGGUUUAUUUCAACAAGAUACAGUGUUUUUGCUUUGAGGAACAGCGACUUCUUCCUGGAGAACAGAUUGACAUGCCGGUGUUCUUCUACAUUGAUCCUGAGUUUGAGACUGAUUCAAGAAUGGACGGAAUCAACAACUUGAUAUUGUCUUACACGUUCUUCAAAGUGUCCGAGGAAACUACUACUACAGAUUCAGUCGACAAUAAAAGCUCUGUUCCAGUUCAAGAAACCAAUUAAAGAUUGCAUGCUUUUUUGAAGUGAAACUAAUGCAAGAAAAAUAAAGAGUCUCCCUCCUUCAGUUUAAAAAAA